AUGUCGCAAACUUUCAAGAUGAGCGAUGUUCAGUCGCACAACAAGCCCGAUUCGCUGUACAUUGUUGUCGACGGCGACGUCUACGAUCUGACCAAGUUCCAAGACGAUCACCCGGGCGGCAAGAAGAUCCUGCAGAAAGUCGCCGGCAAGGACGCAUCCAAGCAGUUUUGGAAAUACCACAAUGAGGGCAUCUUGAAGAAGUACCAAAAGAAUUUGAUGGUCGGAUCCCUCGACACGAAGCCAAAGGUCGAGGCUGCGAAGCCGUCAGCAGCUGUCGCCGCACCACAACCCACGAAAGAAGCCAAGAAGGUUGUCAAGCCUUCGUCUGGACAGGAGGAGUCUGAGCCACUCGAGGCAUUCGGCCAACAGAUUCCCUUCGCAGACCCUAGCUGGUAUCAGAGUUACCAUUCCCCAUACUUCAACGAGACGCACGCCGCACUACGAGCCGAAGUCCGCGAUUGGGUCGAAACCGAGAUCGAGCCCCACGUCACAGAAUGGGACGAGAAGAAGGAAGUGCCUCGAGAAAUAUUUCUCGAGGCCGGUCGUCGUGGCUACCUCGCCGGACUUCUUGGGGUGCACUACCCUGUAGAAUACCAAAAGAACACGGUCAAGUCUGUACCGCCCGAGCGAUGGGAUCUGUUCCACGAGAUGAUCGUCACGGACGAGUUGUCGCGUGUCGGCAGCGGUGGAUUCGUGUGGAACAUGAUUGGCGGUUUCGGUAUUGGCGGUCCGCCGCUGAUCAAGUUUGGCAAAAAGUCUCUGAAAGAUCGCAUCAUGCCUGGUAUCUUGUCGGGCGAGAAGCGCAUUUGCUUAGCUAUCACUGAACCCGACGCCGGAAGCGAUGUCGCGAACUUGACAUGCGAGGCGAAACUGACUGAGGAUGGCAAGCACUACAUCGUGAAUGGCGAGAAGAAGUGGAUCACCAACGGCAUAUGGUGUGAUUACUUCACGACCGCCGUACGGACGAGCGACAAGGGCAUGAACGGCGUGACCCUCCUCCUUAUCGAGCGUUCCUUCGGCGGCGUCAGCACGCGACGCAUGGACUGCCAGGGCGUCUGGUCCUCUGGUACAACCUACAUCACGUUUGAAGACGUCAAGGUGCCCGUCGAGAAUGUGCUGGGCAAGGAGAACGGCGGGUUCAAGGUCAUUAUGACUAAUUUCAACCACGAGCGCAUGGGCAUCAUUAUUCAAUCCCUGCGCUUCUCGCGCGUGUGUUACGAGGAAUCGGUCAAGUACGCCAGCAAGCGGCAGACCUUUGGCAAGAAACUCAUCGAUCACCCCGUUAUCCGCAUGAAGCUUGCUCAUAUGGCCCGUCAGAUCGAAGCCUCGUACAAUUGGCUUGAGAACCUCAUUUAUCAGUGCGAGAAGAUGGGUGAGACGGAAGCAAUGUUGCGGCUUGGUGGGCCCAUUGCUGGACUUAAGGCCCAGUCCACUCUCACAUUUGAGUUUUGCGCCCGUGAGGCGAGCCAGAUUUUUGGUGGGCUGAGUUACUCCCGCGGUGGUCAAGGUGGCAAGGUGGAGAGGCUGUAUAGGGAUGUGAGGGCGUAUGCCAUUCCUGGUGGUAGUGAGGAGAUCAUGCUAGAUUUGAGCAUGCGGCAGAGUUUGAGGGUGGCGAAAAUGACGGGGAUGAAAUUGUAA